AUGUCCGAUGGGCAGUACAUCAACGGAAGUUACUUCUUCUACGCUCCGAAUAAAGGGGCCGCCAUCUUCUUCGCGAUAGCGUUCCUGGCUUCGGGGCUGUUGCACAGCUGGCAAUCCUACCAUUACCAAUGUUGGAAGUUGACGCCUCUCUUCCCCUUUUGUUGUUUGCUCUUCGUCGUUGGCUUUGCUUUGCGCGAGUACGGAUCCUUCCACUAUGACAACCUCAACGUGUAUAUCGCAAGCAUCUGCAUCACCUAUGCUGCCCCGCCGUUACUAGAAUUGCAAAACUACCACGUGCUGGGGCGGACUCUCUACUAUGUGCCCUACCUGUCGCCCCUGCAUCCCGGACGCGUCCUCACGACUUUCGGCUUUGUCUCCGCGGUUGUCGAAGCUCUCAACGGGUGGGGCGCUUCAUACUCGGCCAACCAGUCGCUGAGCGACAGUGAGAUGGCAGCUGGCCACGCUUUGAUCAAGGCGUCCCUCCUGAUUCAGAUCUUUGUGGUGGGAAGCUUCAUUCUGCUCGCUGCCCUCUUCCACCGCCGGUGCUCUGCGCAGGGGAUAAGAAGCCCGCGUUUGCAUGGGCCCCUAUUGACCCUCUACGUGAGCACCUGCCUUAUCCUGGUGCGGACCAUCUACCGUGUCGUUGAGUAUUUUAGCGUGGCCAAGCUCAAAUUCAGAGAGGCCGGGUUCGACCCCAUGUCUAUGUCACCAGUCAUUCGCUACGAGUGGUUCUUUUACGUCUUUGAGGCUGCCGUGAUGGCUUGCAACUGCGUCCUUUUCAACGCUCGCCAUCCUAGGCGCUAUCUACCUCGCGACAAUAGCAUAUACUUGGCCCAAGAUGGUGUUACUGAGGUCGAGGGACCUGGUUUCAAAGACCCACGACCGUUUUGGCAAACAUUGGUGGAUCCUUUUAGUAUUUGGGGCCUUGUCAAAGGGCGAAGCAGUCACACUGCCAAAUUCUGGGAAAAUGGCGGCAGCCAGAUGAGGUCAAACAUGAAGGUCAACGACUCUGCUGUCGGCCCAGACACGGUGCAAGGGGUGUGA